UAGGAUUCCUAUUGCUAACCAGUCUACUACAGAGGAGCUUCAAACAGCUCAUUCUCUAAGAGACACUCAAGUUUCAACAAGAGGUGGACGUAGCAGUAAUACAAUUGCACAUGAAUCUGCAAGAGCAGAGACUCAAGCAGAACAAACUCAAAGCGGCACUCAAGUUUCAUCUGCCAAUAAUGAAUCCGCAGAACAAGGUACAAAUGUGCGUGGAAUAACAUGCAGUAAAGGUGCCCGAAAAGCAAUGAAGAGUGCUAAAUCAAGAUUGACGGUAAAGUUUGAUUUUGACCUUAUGCAAGCAAUAUGUGACAACACAGAGGUUUUCAAUAAUGAAGUUGGAUAUAUCCUGCGUACACAUUGUGACCUCAAGUACAAAGAAUGGAGGUAUGUACCUGAACAAGAAAGAGCACCACUUCGUGAAAAACUUCAGACAUUAUUUGAUGUUGAUUUGGAAGAUGCAAAUGUCAGAAAAGCUAUUGAUAGGCAAAUGCAAAGAGCAUGGCAUGGUUAUAGACGUACGUUACGUGACCAUUUUAAAACAGUUGGAGGUGCAGGUGAUAUAACGAAUGCAAAGAGUAAGCCUUAUGAGGGUGUUAGCAAACCGGAUUGGGAAUAUCUAUGUAAUUGUUGGAGCGACCCUUCAUAUCUAGUAAG